AGAGGAGAGAAGGUCCAGUCCCAAACGGCAGACGCCAGUUUAAUACAAACAGUGACAGUGGGUGGUGGGAUGUCGCUGGUGCCUUAUUUAACAUGGAUUUUACGUUGGUCAGGACGGUGACACAGGCCACUACUGCUUGUGUGUGGUGGUGCAAGCUUGAUGCCUGGCUGUGAGGGGCAGGACCUGCUGGUAAUGACGGCCAACAACACUGUAAUAUUGGUCUGCCAGGCGAGGAGGCGGCGUCCAAUCCUGACUAUAUCAUUAUUUUCUGGAGACAAAGUCAGUGUUACUACUACUACUACUACUACUACUGCUGCUGCUGCUGCUGCUGCUGCUGCUGCUGCUGCUGCUACUGCACCAUGACCUGCUACAAUGAAGAGGCUCCUGUGUGGCGGGCAAAGUGCGUGAACAGAUUGGACCGAAUGAAAGCCAUCAUUAGCGUGUGGGCGUGGGCGUGGGGGUGGGCUUUCAUGGGAGUGACCUGCACGGGCGAGGACUCCACCUGGAUGACCCCUUCUGUGACCUCAGAGGUGGAGGGCGUGGUGCUGGGCGGCGGGCAGGGCGCGGCCAUGUGUGUGGACCUCAAGCCGCUGGAAGGCGUGGGCAGCGUGCACAUGGAGGGCGUGGCGGUGUGUGUGAGGGUGAGGGUACACAAGCUGGAUCCGGUGGCCACCCUGCUCACCCUGACGAGGCCCGCUCCCUCACCCUCUCCCUCUCCGUCCCUGGUGGUGGAGGUGGGCCACCUGGGGCUGUGGGUGGCCACUACACAGCAAGGGGACGCGCCUCCCACCGUCUCCUUCUUUGAGCCACGCCUGCCCCCUGAGGUGUGGCGCCACCUGUGUGUGCAGCACCGCCCUGCGCCAGGCAGGCACGCUGUAGCGGCAGGAGACACGACGCCUGAGGGACAGCAAGACGCCCCUCGCUGCUUUGUAGACGGGGAGGAAGAGGAGGUGGUGCCUGUGGCGCCCUCCCCAGGGCCCGAAGAACGUUGCAUGCAGGACGUCAACAGUUGCCCGGGCCGCGUCUUGCUAGAAGAGAACACCACCGCCAGGGCGGGACUGUGGAGGCUGUGUGUGGGAGGCGGGCGACGGCCUGUUCAGGGACAGGUGGCUGACCUGCGAGUGUGGCCAGGGACGCUGGGCACUGUGGCACUGCGGGACGCCUCGCUCUGCCCGGGACGCCCUCCUCCUUCACAGGCCUGGCAGGCAGCUGGGGAGUGGCUGCCCCAGGGCGGCGCCGCGACCAUCACCUUCCCCAUGCGGCAGGUGUGCGACGCGGCGACACGCCUCAUACUGGUGCGGCCCGCCGGCACCUUCCGUGGCCACGGCGUGGUGUGCGCCGCCCUGGGUGGGGCCAUUCCCUCCGCCGCCUUGCUGGCGCCCGCCCUGACCGCUAUACUGGCCAGCCACAACGAGUCUUGCCGGGGCCCCGCUGGGCUGCUCUCCUGGGUGGCCGGCAACCCCGUGAGCGGUGCGGCGGCGGAGACGUGCCCCGCCCUGACAACAGAUGGCGCGGCGCGGGCUGCGUGCGUGCGCCAGCUGCCGUGCUCGGUGUGUGCAUUGCCGCACGCCGUGCUGUACCGCCUGUACGGCCACGACGGCAGCCUCUUCGACCACACCUUCUUCCUGAAGGCGGAGGACGGCCGCCUCGCCUUCCGCGGCGCCGGAGGGUCGCGGCUGGAGCGAGAGGGCGGCGGCUGGCGCCUGGUGUCGGCGCUGCACGGGCGCCGCUGGACGCUGGGCAACGCGUCCGUGCCGGUGGGGCGCCGCCUGUGGACGGAGGGCGCGGCACAGACGAUGCUGGCGCUGACUGUGUGCCGCAGCGGACAGUUCUGCUGCAGUGACGGACAGUGCGUGGCGCAGACGGCGCGCUGCGACGACAUCGUGGACUGUCGUGACCGCUCCGACGAGGCAGACUGCGGCGUGGUGGUGCGGCCCGAGGGCUACGACCCGUACUACCCCCCGCCUCCUCGCCCCGGGGAGGAGCCGCCCCUGGACCUGCCCUACCACAUUGACGUGUACUACGUGAGUGAUGUGACCACGGAGCGGGCGCGGGCCGGCAUGGACGUGGGCGUGACGCUGUCCUGGCACGACCCGCGCCUCAAGUUCCUGAACCUCAAGCCGCACAUCAAGAACUACUUCCCCUGUGACCUGGUGUGGACACCGCACGUGCGCGCCGUGGCGGGGCUCGGCCCGGGCUUCAUCCUCAAGACAGACGACUACGAAAAGUUCUGCUACGCCUACGCCAGCGACGAGCUCACUGCGCGGCCCCUCGCCGACCCCUUCAUGGGUCACCACGCGGAGGGCGCGACACACGCCAUGGAGGUGUACCUGGGCGUGCUGGCGUGGCUGCCGUGCCGCUUCCGCCUCUACACUUACCCGUUCGACGAGCAGCUGUGCAACAUGUCCUUCGUGAUGUCCAACGCGCCUGGCACCCGCGCCUUCACCAAGUCCUCCGCAGGCCGCUUCGUGCCCUACCUCAACGCCCGGCGCGUGCUGCUGGAGUACGAGCUGCACGCCCUUACCACGGAGGUGGGCGCCUUCUUGCAGGGUACGGACAACAACACUUACUUCGCUCUCACCUUCCACCUGCAGCGCCUCUACGGCUACCACGUCACCAACAGCUACUUCCCCUCGCUGCUCAUGUUCUUCAUCUCGUGGGCAACGUUCUUCUUCCAGGUGGAUGACUUCACCAACCGCAUCAUGAUCUCCCUGACGGCGCAGCUGGUGUUGGCGGCGCUGUUCACCUCCACCACACAGUCCUCCGUCAAGACGCCCUACCUCAAGCUGAUCGACGUGUGGUACGCCGCCGUCAUCACCUCCUGCUUCGUCAUUGUCAUCUCCCAGACCGUCAUCAAUGUGGUGCUGCAUGCCUCCUCCUCCUCCUCUUCGUCGUCGUCUUCCUCUUCCUCUUCAGUUGUCAAGAAAGUUACAAAUUCUCACCGGAUGAUUAAAGUAGAACCAUUUGCUCUACUUCCUCAUGCUUUUACCAACCCUGACCACCACCACCACGACCUAUCCAGCAAGAAGGGAACGACUCUGGACGACUUCAAUCUACCUGGACUGGAAAGGGCGACUCGCUGGAACUCCAUAAUACGUGUCUCGAUCCUGUUUGCAUCUUGUGUGUUUGUUGUGUUUUACCUGUUAGUGUGUGGCGGUGUGUUUACCAUUCCUGGAAGCUUCACCAUUGAGUCUGAGUGAGGUCUGUAUUCUGAAACGCUCUGCUCUUUCACCACGACUAUUUUGCAAGGCCACAGAGAUGACUAGCGGGGUUUUCAAGAGUGUUUCUCCAGUUAAUAACGUAGA